AGCCUCCCACCUCAAGCCCAGGGUCCAGCCUGAGCUCUCUGUCCUUCUGCCCCUAGGUGUUUGCCGCCUGGUCCUGGUGGUGAUGAGCCUCUGGCCAGACAGAGUUGUUGGCCCUGGGCCACCUUCUGGCUCUCCUCGAGCCCCGGCCGACCCCCGAGCAGAGGUGGACAGUGCUGUCCUCUUAACCCGCUCGCUCCUGGCAGACACCCGGCAGCUGGCAGCACAACUGAGAGACAAGUUCCCAGCGGAUGGAGACCACAGCCUGGAUUCUCUUCCCACCUUGGCUAUGAGUGCCGGGGCCCUGGGAGCCCUGCAGUUGCCAGGGGUGCUGAUGAGGCUUCGAGUGGACCUGCUGUCCUACCUUCGGCAUGUGCAGUGGCUACGCAGGGCAGGUGGCCCUUCCCUGAGGACCCUGGAGCCCGAGCUGGGAGCCCUGCAGACACGGCUGGACCUGCUUCUGCGGCGGCUGCAGCUCUUGGUGUCCCACCUGGCCUUGCCCCAGGCACUUCCAGACCAGCCUCUAGCCCCUCUGGGGCCCCCUGCCUCACCGUGGGGAAGCAUCAGAGCAGCCCAUGCCAUCCUCGGAGGGCUGCAUCUGACUCUGGACUGGGCUGUACGGGGCCUGCUGCUGCUGAAGACCCGGCUGUGACUUGACCCAAAGCCACCAUUGUCCUGCAAUGCCAGAUCUUAUUUAUUUAUUUAUUUCAGCACUGGGGGUGUGUGGCAAUCAGGGCAUAUUGCCCUCCCCCCAUGCCUCCCACCUAGUUAGAUAUAGAGUCCCUCCAGGAGACCUGGGCAAGAGGACACCUGUGCCUUAUUUAUACUUAUUUAUUUACAGGGGUGGGGGGGAACGCCAGGUAGACUCCUGGGUACUGGAGGAGGAAGGAACCAGGAUCCUGGAUUCUUGGAUCUUUCCAUUGAGACUUCCUGGCUCCUUUCCCUCUGGGCCAGGGCAGGCUCAUUUAUUAUUUAUUAAACAAUUACUUUUUAUAUUAGGAAGGGGAGGGAGGGUACAAGAAAGCCUGGGUUUUUGUACAAAAAAAAUGUGAGUGUGAGACCUUUGUGAGACAGAGAAAAGGGAUUAUAUUUGUUCUGUGUCAUCCA